AUGAGAACGGGGAGGCAUACUAUGCGGGACCUCCUGGAUGAGGCGAAGAAACGGAUCGUCUUGCUGUUCGUCUGCGUCGUUGGGCUCUCCUAUUUAAUGUCUCGUAAGCUCUUUCGUGACAUCCCAUCUACUCUCUCCCCUCCCGUGAUUUUAUGGGAGCAUGUUUCACGGAAUUCAAAGUUUGCUGUCCUUGCUUGGCCUUGACUACUCUCUACUAUAUAAUUGAGACGGAGAGUAAAUGUGUAGUGAAAAGUAUUUUUCUCUCUUUCCCACCUCGAUGAAGGCAAAUGCAUGAAGACAGAAAAGUAAAUAAUCUAAUUUAUUUGAUUUUUCUCGGCAUUGCCUUUUUCUUUUAAAGUAUUGUUAGCUUUGCCGUUUAAUUUCAUCGUUUUCAAGCACAGUCAGUUCUUUACGGUGGUGCCUGAAACCGAAAAUCUUAUCCGUAAAUUCUGGACAUCAUCUUUGCAUCCGUUGUUUUGGUUCUUGGCCAUGACCAAAGUAUUUGGGUUUCCAUUUUUUAUAUACACUUUUACCCCCGUGCAUUUUCCUAAUAUUUAAUUUAAUGAGAUCCAUGAUGCCGCGUACACAAAUUAACCAAUACUUGUUCCGUGGGAACCAAAUUGAAAGCAUUAGCCUGAAUGAACUUAUUUGCCGCGGCCACUGUUCGUAAUAGUUUAAUUUAUCACGUGAGGCAAUUUGAGAUGGAAAGUUUCGUCAAUGUUGCAUUUGCAUGAUAUUUACACUGUAUCUGAUAACUAUCAAGGUAGUUGGAAUUAUCUAGUGCAUCAGCCAAUAUACGUUAAUAUCAACCCUAUACAAAAUGGAUUAGUAAAUUAAAACGAACUUGAUUGUUCUAUGUUGCUAAAAUUGUGGUUCUAAUGCACUGAAGAUAUACUUUGCUUGUUAUUCUAAUUUAUCUAACCACAUUAUAUGCCAGAAACCAAACCUUGGUUCGAAUGAAUAUUAAAUAGAAGAAGAUUAAAAAUUUUAAGAAAAAAAGAUCACUUUAAAAAGUGAAUGAAUGAGUCAUUUACUCAUUAUCCUCAAGGUUGAUCAGUAUUUUUUUUGUACGUGAUUGGACAGUAUGCUGUUCGGUUAAUUUUCUGACACAUUCCACCCCUGAUUGCUUAUGGUUCUGGUAUUUCUGAAAGAUUCUGAGGCAGUUUAUGAAUACUGAUUGUUCCUUGAAAAUUAUUUUUGAUUAACAACAGGUUUAUAGACUAAAGUUUGUAAUUUAUUGAUGUAUUUUGUGCGUAAAAAUGUAAUUUUUAUUUCUGCCUUUGUUGUGCCUUGAAUUCUACGAGGAGAGAAUAAUUGGCUUGCUAUCUUCACCUUUUUAGUUUGAUUUGUUUCGUGGUUCCUCUGUUUUUACAUAAGCAAUCAUCUGCGUUAUCAACACAUAUGUUUGUUUUUUGCUGGCGGGAUUUUUUUGUUUUCUUUGAUGAGAAAAAUGUUUAUUUUGCCUACGUCUUUUAUGCUUUUAUGUUUAUGUGUGUCAGCCAUGAACUAACUUAACUCUGAAUUAAUUCGUCUCAGUAACAAGCUCCUCAGUUUGGGUGAACUUGCCUGCUGCUGCUUCCUUGAUCAUCUUCCUUCGUUACAUAUCAUUUGACCUUGAUGUUCGAAGAAGGUCUUCUUCAAGCAAUAAACCAGCAUCUGUUAAUGAGACACGUCGAGAGAAAAAAUCUGCAGAGCUUCCCAAGGUUCCAAUUGACAAGUUGAGCUGGAGAAGAAAAGUGGAUUCUCCUGUAGUUGAAGCAGCAAUUGAUCAGUUCACUCGACAUCUAGUUUCUGAGUGGGUAACAGAUCUCUGGUAUGCUCGGAUAACCCCUGACAAGGAUGGCCCAGAAGAAUUAGUACACAUCAUGAACAAUGUUCUUGGAGAAGUUUCAUGUCGUGCUAAGGAGAUAAACCUUAUAAAUCUGCUGACCAGGUCUGGUUUGGAUGGGUCUCUUUUGAUCACGUUUAUGAGAGCAUUUUAUGUUCUUCCAGGAAUUUUCUCAUAUAUGGUGCUAACUGUUAUUUUUAUAAUUCAGGGACAUUAUUGAUCUCUUUUGCAGUCACCUGGAGCUUUAUCGAUCUACCCAGGCAAAAAUUGGGAAAGAAGAGUUGGGAAAAGUUUCCACUGAUCAUCGGGAUGCUCAAAUCAAGCUAGCCAUGGUUGCAGAAAACAAAUUGCACCCUGCUUUAGCUUCUGGUGAAGCUGAGCACAAGGUUAUGGUUAUUCUACUCCAUCACAGUUCAAUUAAUAUGCCCAGCUUUUUCAUUACAGGUUUCUGCCUUCUGAAUGAACUUGUAUGGAAGUUAAACCAGUUGUAAACUUAUUUUGUCAAUGAAACUGAAACCCUAAAACUAUCGGUGUGUUUGAUAAGUUAGCCUGUCUAAUAAUAGAUACCAACAAGAGUUUUUUCUCAUUUAGUCCUGGCUUAUUGUUAUGGUUUAUUAUGUAUAACAUAGUUGAUGUUUGUUCUUAAUUUUCUCAGGUUCUGCAGCAUUUGGCCACUGGGCUCAUUUCUUUGACUUUUAAGCCCGAGGAUUUGCAUUGUUCAUUUUUCCGAUAUGCAAUUAGAGAGCUUCUAGCAUGUGCAGUAAUUCGUCCAGUCUUGAACUUGGCUAACCCAAGGUUCUUGUUCUAUUUCUGUAUUCGUUUUGUGCUGUAUUUCUUUUAUCCAAUAUUCUAAUUUAUCUUUUUUUCCUUUAGAUUUAUCAAUGAAAAAGUUGAAUCGGUGGUUACCUCUCUUUCCAAAAGGACUGAUGGAAUCAUUCCCGUGGAAGAUAUGCCUCAAAGGGGGCCUUCAAGAACACAUCUUGAUCACUCUUCUGGACUUUUAGAGGGUUCCAGUGGAGGUGUUGAACUUGUGCAAUUAAAACAUAAAAAACAUACGAAUUCUAAUAAAGCGUUUCUUCCAAAAUAUUCAAAGGGUGCUGAUCCGUAUUUAGACCGAGGUAGUUACAUACAACUGUCACCCUGAUGGAUGCUAGUCUUUUUAAUGGUCCCUGAUUGUCUCACCCUAGUGGUUCCUUUGGCUUCAGGUUCUUCAAAUGUUGAUGAAGGAAACACUGGAGCACAUGCUCCUAGGAGUGAGUGGGCGCACAUGCUAGAUGUAAUUUCUACAAGAAAGACCCGAGCUCUUGCACCAGAGCAUUUUGAAAACAUGUGGACUAAAGGACGAGACUACAGAAAGAAAGAAGAUGAAAGUCAGGUAGCUAAGACCAACGAGCAGAAUAAAGAUCCGCAAGCUUCUGGUAAAUUGGAUCACUCAAAAGUGGCAUCCAAGUACUCAGCGAAUGUUGGGAUACUGAAGACGCGCCAUCAAGGUCAAUUAUCUGCAGAUGCAUUGUCUGUACAUGGCAGUGGGAACCUCACUAGUCAUCUUUCAGAUUCAUUGUCCCGAGAAAAGGUAUCACGCCUUGUAAGUCAGGGUGAUGCUGAAGUAGACAGCGAGAGUUCCUAUCAAACCGAUGAUGAUGAUGGGAAUAACGUUACAGGCCUAGAUUCUCCUGUAACUAGGGUCUGGGAUAGCAAAGACAAAAGAAAUUCUGAUGUUACACACAUAAGACACCCUCUUGAGAAUUUUGAAGUAAGUUCGACAAAGAGAAGUAGUAAGAGUCGUGCUCAUCAUCUAAGGAUAAUAAGAUCUCAAUCAGGAAGAAAAAAAUCCAGGUCAAGCAGUCAGAAGAUUCCCACCCGACUAGAGGUUGAAAGAGCAUCUUUUCUGUCCGGUGACAAUCGUUACUUAUCAGAACCCACAAAAAGCAAUGUCAGAGCAGAGCAUGUCGUUGAUGAAUCCGAGGUGGAGAGCUGGGAUAGAUUUCAUAGUGGAUCAGCAGCUUCAUCGUCUAUGUCAACUGAAGAUUUCAGGUCAUCCUCGAUGACCAGUGAAAUAUUUGCCAUGGAGGACUCCUUCCUCAAAUUGAGAUGUGAGGUAGGCCUGAAUUUAGAAUAAUAAAUUGAGACCAUGUCUGUGAGCAUCCCAUACCACUGAGAAUCACUGAUAUAUUUGUGAAAGACAACCUCUUGUUGCAGGUCUUGGGUGCAAAUAUUGUGAAAAGCGGUGUGGGAACAUUUGCUGUAUAUUCCAUUGCUGUGACAGAUGCAGCUAAUAAUAGCUGGUCCAUCAAAAGAAGGUAUCCUGAUAAUUCAAUCACUGUCAUCAUCAACCACCAAAUAUAACUACUCAUAUGAUACAUCUUAUUUAUAUUCAGCAUUCAAAUAAUUUCUGUUCAGCCAAUCAGAAGGGAAAUUUUGAAUUCUUUUUGCACACCGAUUGCUCUUCUAAACUCGUUUUGAUUUCAAGUUAUCUUAACUUAUUUACUAUCUAUAUUAGGUUUCGACAUUUUGAGGAAUUACAUCGCCGUCUUAAGGAGUUUGCAGAGUAUAACCUGCAUCUGCCUCCUAAGCAUUUUCUUUCAUCAGGUCUAGAAGUGACUGUUAUUCAAGAAAGGUGUAAAUUGCUUGACAAAUACCUCAAGGUGAUAUGAUGUUCAUGUCUUUCUCAGCUUCAUUUCACUAUUUCACAAUCCCUGGAUAGUUUUAUUUCUUAUCCUGCGUCAUUGUUAUGAUCUGCCAACGAGAAGAAUGGAAAAACAUUCAGAAGACUCUGGAGGUAGAUAAUUUGUUAUGGGCAUCUAUUAGGAAAUUUGUUUUUUGCUGAAACUAAACUAGGGUGUGCAUCCAACUUUGCUGCACUUCCCAUCUCGUAUUCUUUGGAGAUCCAUUUGAUUGAAAGUUGGUUUUCUUCAACAAUCAAGGAAUUAUGAGUUGGGUAAUGGAAAAUCCUAAAGGUCUUGGCAGAAGCAAUAAUGUGAAGAUUUUGGUGAACUAUAUUUCAAUACAUGUACCAGUUCUCAACUGAUAAAGUUAGUAUCUUUAAGUUCUGUUCCGGUUCAAGCUAAUGCUGAAGACCAUACUGACUCGAUUUAUUGCUAUAUGCCACUUUCACUUCAUAUAGAUGUGGCACUCGAGAUAGAUAGCAUAUGCCAGUUUUACUCUGAAAUGUUUUGUGAACGUUUAGGAUUUAUUGCUAUAAGUUGAUUGAAAUAUAUCCCCAGCAACACUGGGAGCUUACAUGGAUGUGUCUGGAGAAAGACAGGAAAUGACACUUUCGCUGAAAAAUCUUUGUAAACGCUUAUGAAAGAUUUUUUUUAUUGAUGCAGUUGGUUUGACUGAAAUUUUGUUGUAUUGAAUUGUAAAUAUGAGGAGGGACAGUAAAUCAGCCUGCAUAUUUUUUUGCAACGAGAUUGAAGUGAGCGAUCUUCUUCUUGUACUGGGAUUGAAAUGUUCCUGUGGAAUAUGAUUGGCUGAUAAAACUGGAGGGUGUAAACGGGUAAUGAAAUUACAACCUAAAACAAUCGUCAGGAGGAGCUGAUGGUGAACUGUUGCUGGUGUGACUUCAGCAAUUUUAAUUUUCUGUUCAAGUUAGAUUGAAUACAAGGAUCAUCCGAAAUGGAUUCAUGGUGUUGAAGCUUUUCCUUUGUACAUCAUAAUAAUUUUUUGGUUGCUAAAGAAAACUUGGAGAGUUUGAAGCUUCCCAGAUUUAUUAGCUGAAUCAUAAUGUGCUAUGGUCAUUUUUCUUAUUUCCCUUAUCUCCUUUGAUCUUUCUCGAGUGUGACAAGGUUUUCGAAUUUAGUAUUUUUGUAAUUGUGCUAUCGAGCUUGUAAGCACAGACUCAUUUCUAUGGCAACCCAUGGGGGACUAUUAUUAACCUUCAGUGUAUGGUUGGUGGGUGUUGGUUUCGGGGAUUGUUCUCGCUACUUGCUAGUUGAGGUACUUAUUUACCGCAUAAUAGUGGAUUUUCUCUGUCAUUGUUUCAGAAUCGACUUCAGUUAAAUUGAAGCUCCUUGAUCAAGUGAUUAUGUUGUGGAUAAGGCACACUACCAUCUGAAUAUUUACUUGGGAUCUAGACAACCUGACAACAUGAGCCUGAAACAAUGACGUGUGUCUUGGGAUUCAUAAAUUCCAAACAAACUUCCUUGCUUUGACACUUUAUCUAGAAGCCUCCAUGGCAUGGGUUUGUCUGAUGUGUUGAGAUUGGACAUGUUACAUAAUUGAGUUACCACUUAUUAGAAGCCGGAGUAAGAAAUCAAUACCGAUGUCCUAUUAAUUCUUUGAUAGGAGUGUAUCAUAACAUGAUUUAUAGCUGAAGACUAGUUGUUCGGUAGAGUCCAUCAUCUUCAUCAUGCACAGAUGGCAUCAUCAAUGAUCCUAAUCACGGUCAAUAGCGAAUGAAUCUAAAUGGCAACUGCAGUGUUGGUAUCAGUUAUCAGGCCAUUAAACGUCUUUGCUUAUUUCUAUAUUAACCAAUACGGGAUCAUUCUCAAUACUCCCUUUCACGUGCAAGCGGACCUUUGGGCUUUGUUGCAUGGACCAUGUAAAUGGAGUGGAUUUAGCCUUUGAUCAACUAUUUGCUCUGAUGCCAGCUUAGAGUUAUGUCAUCUAACUCAAAACCAAAUAGCAAUGAGUAGAUUUUACUCUCAUAUUUGUAAUCACCUGUUUAUUCUAUAUUAACCAAGAUGGGAAUAUUCUUAACAGUGGUCUUGGAACAAAUGUUGUAUUGGAUCAUGUAUUUAUCCUUUUUUCUUAACGUUUCCGUGAUAAAGGGCCAAUGGGGUGCUUAUUGUCCACUAAUCAUCAAAUGCAAUUUUUUUCAGAUGCUUCUUCAACUACCAACAUUGUCAAGAUCUAUAGAAGUUUGGGACUUUCUUAGUGUUGAUUCCCAGGUUCAAUAUCUCUUUCUUUUCCCUUUCUCUAAAUUCCUCUAUUGUCAUUUCCAUAUAUUUCUCUUUAGACACAAUUUUAAAUUUUCUAUGAAUUUCAGACCUACAUAUUUGCAGAUUCAUUCUCUAUCAUCCAGACACUUUCAGGUUAUACUACUCCUUGUAGGUUUCGUUUCCGUUGCCAAAAUUUUGUUCACUGAUUUAGAAUGUUCUCCCCGUGCAUUUUUUUUGCAGUUGAUCUCGAUUAUAAACCUUAUGAAAAAGGAGAAAGAAUUCAGAGAACAGAGGAAAUUGUGAAUGCGAAUCUUUGCUCAAACAGAGAAAAGUUGAAAUCAACCAGUGAAAGUUCAGGUUUACCAGCAAAUGAGAAUUCCGAAUCCGAUACAUUAGUGUUUAAGAAGACAAAUACACAGGCACAUUUGGCGAAUAACUCCAGGAUAGCUGAGAACCCACUACCUGGUAAAUCAGAAAGUGAUUCGAAGAAGAAGCUACAAGAGACCAAUCCUUCCAUAAAAAAUGAAAAGCCUGUGAAGGUUCCAGUUGAAGGUGCAGAUGGGCAACAAGAGCCAUCUUACUCAGCUCUUGAAACUGACACUGACCCAACUAUUCCAAUCGAGGUGACUUGAGUUUUCCAGUUACAAGUUGCAUUCAUCUAAACACUUUUUUUUUUUUUUUUUAAACUGUACCUUUACUUUUAAUUUUCGAUUGUCAUCUUUCCGCACUUAUCUGCAACUUGUUCUGAUAAUAUAGUGGAUUCCUCCAAAUCUUAGCAUGCCUAUAUUAGAUCUGGUGGAUGUAGUUUUCCAGCUUCAAGAUGGAGGUUGGAUCAGGUAUUGCAACAGUAUAGUAGGCCCAUUCCUUUUGUUCUUCCUACUUUAUACGUGAAUCAGAUAGAUUCAUAACUUUUUUCUUGCUUGAAAUUUCUUUUUCUUCUGUUUGUCAUAGGAGGCAGGUGUUUUGGAUAGCUAAACAGGUUCUUCAGCUAGGAAUGGGAGAUGCUUUCGAUGAUUGGCUGAUUGAAAAAAUUCAGCUUCUGAGAAGAGGAUCAGUAAUGGCUUCUGCAAUUCAGCGUGUUGAGCAGGUGUGCGUUAAAUCCAUUGAUCAAGACCUAAUCGUGUAUCAUUGAUGUUGGAGGCAUUAACUUCUUAUCUGGGCUCAUCAUAUGAUAAAACUAUAUUCAUUCUGGUGAAAUUUAUACACAAGGAUCUGUUGACCUGUGCACUCUUUCAUUGAAAUAGUUCCUAGUAUGCAAACGAAAAUUAUUCCUUAAAUUCAUGAUUAGAACAGCAACCUAGUCAUGAUUUCUUCCAUAGUUUUUUUUUUUUUUGUUUCUAUCCUCCCAAAUAAAUAACUAAUCAUGUUGAAGAGAUCUCUAGUUGUGCUCAAUGUCUUCUUUAUAUUCAUUUACUGUCCUACCGUUGACUUCGCACCUACCAAGUAAAGUGCGACUUGUUCCAAUACUUCGAGGGACCUUGUCUACUUUGCUCCGACGCCUCACUGAAGUGAAGUCGGCAGUGUAGAAUUGCAAGCGAUGCACAAAAAUGGUUGACUUCUGGUAGAAGAUCGUGGUCUAACCAAAUUAGGAAGCUUUGCCUGUUUUUCCCCUCUGAAUGACAAUACAAGUUCUCACUUAUUUUAUAUCAUUUUUUUCCAGAUACUUUGGCCCGAUGGCAUCUUCAUCACCAAGCAUCCAAAUCGGAGACGCCCAACUCCUGUUCCAUCCCCACAGGAUGAGCGCAGUCGGAGAGACAAAGCUGCUGAAUGCUUGUUGACUGAUGAACAACGGCGAGAAGCUGCCCGCCGUGCCGAAUAUGUCCACGAGCUAAUAGUCCGUAAGGGAAUUUUUUCUCUUAUUUUUCUGUGAACAGAAGCCGAACGAAGUGGUCUGUCGGGUCAACGCUGACUUCUUUAUAUGCACUUCUGAACAAGCCCUGUUGUUUCAUGCAGAAAAAGCCCCUGCAGCGCUCGUCGGGCUUAUUGGUAGGAAGGAGUACGAGCAGUGUGCCGAAGACGUUUAUUACUUUCUUCAGGUGGUUUGACCGGACCAGCCUUCGUAUUGGUCUCUGAAUCACUCCCAAAAGUGGGUGUUUUUUUUUCCUUUGGCAGCUGAGUCUUGCCUUUUUUGGGUGCAGUCGUCGGUUUGCUUGAAGCAGUUGGCUUUCGAGCUUCUUGAGCUACUUCUCCUGGCAGCAUUCCCCGAACUGGACGACGUCAUUAGACAGUUCCAUGAAGACAAGGAUCAGACUCCGGUAACCAAGAAAAACCCAUGA